UUGAUAGAUAGUCAAGACUGGUUUUCUUUGUAACUAUUUUAUUGAUGGGAGUGCUCAUCGCUCUUGCACCCUUCGGAGAUACUGCCAAAGUCGUUCGAGACAACGACGACGCGCUUUUGCUUUGCUCUUCUUUUUGCUCCUUCUCUUGAAUCAAGUCCUAUAAUGCAAAAAGCGACUGAUUUAAAAAACUCAAUCAGCUCAUCGGUCUAUGGCAUUCAACAUCUUUUUUCCGAUCUGGAAAAGCAAUGGUCUGCUUUAAAAAAGACGCCUCAACCGCCUUCAGUAGCUAAUGAAGUACAUGCUUUGGGGCCUGCCAAUCUGGAUAACGUACGACAUCAAUUUACGUCCUGUAUCGAUUCCAUUCGAUCUAUAUGUACACAGUUUGAAACAGAAGUACUCAGCGACGUAAAAAAGAUGGGUGCCGGUGCCGAUCCGGCAUUUCGCAAACACUUGACGCACUUGAAAGAGCAAGCACAGCUCGAAAACACAGUAAUGCGCGUAAAAGAAACUUUAAAAGACACCAAAGAUCAAUUGGAACAAUCGUUGAACGAUCGCGAAGAAUCCAAGUUAUCAGUGCAAACACGUAAACUCGAAAGACUGGCACAUUCGCUGGGUUUGAUGCCUUUUGUGGAAGCUUCACAAAGGAAUGAAUCAGGGGCACAAACCACCACAUUUACUUUGGGAGGAACAUCUAUUGUUGUUGACAUAUUUCUGGACGAGGCAGGGCAUGUUCUUCGCACCAAAGUGACCUAUGUACCCGACAAUCUGCAAAGCGAUCAAAACGAUAGAGUCGACCAAUUGUUAGCAAAGAAUAUGCAGUCGCAGACCUUUGAUGUAUUUUCGCGAAACGUAGGAGCGCUGGCGCUACUCGAUCAAAUGAAUGUCAAAUAUGCACCCACCGACUUUUUCUUGAUCUUACGCGGAUUAAUAGCAGAUUUACAGAUGAUUUACAGUCAAGAAAUGCAGCUCUUAUCCAAGGAUGUUGCCAGCGUGCUAAUGGAAGGACAUGGUGUACCAAACAAACAUCUGGAUUACCCGGGCCUUUCUAUUUCAUAUUGGAUCAGUAAAGAGCUCUUCCUUGGAAGUGAUUGGGAAGCAGUCGGUGAAGCUAUCGAAAAAGACGAGAACCAUCCGCUGCUGUCAAACACCGCAAAAGUAUUGAUAUCAUUUGAAGAGUCCCAACAGCCACAAUAUUUCAUCCCUACACAACGUAAACAUUUUAUGGUGGAUCUCGAAGAAUCGAUCGAUAAUAUCAAAGAAUCGGAAAAUGGCGAGCAUCUUGAUAUUGUCAAGGAACGAACGUGGCCAAAAUUUAUGCAGCCGAUGCGAUUCGUCAAAAUGAAGCCUACCUAUCCCAACGUGACACCGGUCCCUGUACGAUUUGUUGCCAAGCUUGAUCCGCCAAUACCCGCUGCUGAUGCUAUCGUGCGAAAAUUGAUGAUUGCUACAGAUCUGGUCAAUGACUCUUUUGCAGUUGUGGAAAACACGCCGUCUUCUGAUAUACCUUGUCUGGAGGAUCUGUUGGUCAAAGAUAAUGCGUCAUCUCUGAACGCAGACACUACCUGGACCGUUGAAUUUGAGAAUGCAUCAACACAAGUAUACAAGUAUAUGCGGUCAUCACCAACCUCUGGCAAAAUCUUAACACGAGUCCCAUUCAACCAUCCACGUCAACUACACAACAUUUUGCAGUAUCUAAGACAGCAGCAAAUGUUCAACACACUAUUUCAAAGUAUCUUCAAUGGCGAAGCCAAACAGCAGGGAUCUGAAAAAAACCGUGUUCUUGCGCUUGACCAGAUUUUGGAAGAGAGUCAAUCGGACGACAAGCUAUAUGUUGAAGUCGCGAGCGUGGAUGCUCCGGGAAUGAUACAUCUCACCCUAUCAUUGCCACCUUCUGCCCACUCUGACCGUCUUGCCUUGCUGUCAGUCUCUAUUGAAGUUCCUAAAGAUACACCAGCAAAACCUGUGGUACGGCUGGAUCCUCCUUCUGCUGGUGAACGUGAUCCAAUGCACCGAUUAGCCUGGCAGCCAGACAUCUUUGACGAGGACAAAAUGACACGCGUUAUCCAAACAGGAUAUAACAUCCCACUCCUUGUUCGAUGGCUAUGGAAGCGGAUAGAACAGCAUCCUGAAAUGGAUUACAUUGUCCAAACAUCACGGCUUGGAUUAAGACGAUCACGCAAUGAAGAUAGAACCCAAACACAACAGCAUUACGAAAAGCGUAUCAGGACAGAAUUUGAUAGCUUCCCGCAUUAACAGUGAAAAAAUAAACAAAACAGGCAUUACGAGCAUCCAUUUAAAGUAUUUUAUAUUACUGCAUUUAC